AUGGUGGAGCAAGCCGACGACGCGCCGCUCCUCUUCUGGGCCGAGGGCCCGGCCGUUACCUUACCGGAGCCCGGGGAGCCCGGCACCUGGGGGGGCUGCCGCUCCUCCACCAUCUCCUCCUCGGCUUGGAGGAGCCGAAGCGGCAAGGGGGAGCCGUUGGGAGCCAGUCCCGGGAGGCGACUCCAGGAGCAGGAACCGGCGCAGGUAGAGGAAGACCAGAUCUUGGCAGUCUUCGUGGUCACUUUUGACCCCCGCACGGGUAAUAUGGUUGAAUGGUGUUUGCCACAAGACAUUGAUCUGGAAGGUGUUGAGUUCAAAUCUAUGGCCAGUGGAUCCCAUAAAAUCCAGUCUGAUUUCAUUUACUUCCGGAAAGGCAUUUGCUUUGGUUUGGCAUGUUUUGCCAAUAUGCCCGUGGACAGUGAAUUGGAACGUGGGGCGCGCAUGAAAUCUGUGGGCAUUCUUUCUCCUUCCUACACUCUGUUGUACAGAUACAUGCACUUCUUGGAGAACCAGGUCAGGCACCAGUUGGAAAUGCCAGGACAUUAUUCUCACUUGGAGGCCUUUUACGAUGACAAGAAGGGAGUCUUCCCAGCAGGCACUCUUGUUUCACAGCAACCCAUCCACUGGCUGCCCUCCAUCCACAAAUAUAUGUAUCCAGAGAUGAAGAUCACCCACCCUGCAGGCUGUAUGUCUCAGUUCAUCAAGUUCUUUGGAGAGCAGAUCCUGACACUCUGGAAGUUUGCCUUGCUUCGCAAACGCAUCUUGAUAUUUUCUCCGCCUCCCGUCGGCGUGGUCUGCUACAGAGUUUAUUGCUGCUGCUGCCUUGCCAAUGUCUCUUUGCCGGGUAUUGGAGGGACCGUCCCUGAAUCUAAGCCGUUUUUCUACGUCAAUAUAGCCGAUAUUGAAAUGCUGGAGACUGAAGUAUCAUAUGUAGCCUGCACAACAGAGAAAAUCUUCGAAGAGAAGCAGGAUCUCUAUGAUGUCUAUGUAGAUAACCAGAAUGUAAAGACGCACCAUGAGCAUCUGCAACCACUUCUGAAGAUCAACAGCGCAGACAAGGAGAAGUAUCAGAGACUUAAUGAUCAGAGACAGAUGCUGAUGUACUCCCAGGAAGUAGAUGGUGACUGUAGUUCUUGUGAAGAGGACCUCUUCAUCUUGUUCUUCAUGGAGCAGAAUAACCGGAUAUUUCAGACGUUGAUGGAGAUAUCAGCCAGCCAGGACAAGACAUUGACAGCUGACCAUGCCCGUGGAAUGGGCUUGGAUCCUCAAGGCGACCGUAGCUUUCUCAUGGACCUCCUGGAAGUUUAUGGCAUUGAUGUCAUGCUGGUCAUUGAUAAUCCUUGUUGUACUUAGAAGUGGUGGGUGCUGGAAGGGUGAGAGAAGCAGAAUUCACAUGUGAGUGGAUGGCAACAGCGGUUAAAAGACUACAGGAUGAACUGGUGGGACUUGCCACAAUUCAUAUUGUGAAGUAUUGCCUUGCAUUUAAGGGAGCACUCUGCAGGAAGUGUUAUUUGUCUUUAUCCCGUUAAGAAUUGUUUUCAAAUGGAUCUCAAGGAAGAUGCCAUUCUUUCCUACCCCACCAUAGAUCGGCCAGCCACGCUUUCUGUAAGUUCUGUAAAAGGAAUAUAGUCUGCUUCAUGAUCUUCUACCCCCACCUGCUUCUAAACAACCCAGGAUUAUUUUGAGAGAAGAAAACAUAUCUAUUGGCUGGGAAUUUGGAUGGGUGGAUGUGAAAAGCACUUUAUUCUCUAGGGACCAAUGUGAAUUUUUCACGCUGCUAGAGCCUUCCUAACUGUAUAAUGUAGGUGAUAGACCUUCCGAAUCCAAAAAUCCUUAAAGACGUUGUUUUGUUUUGUCACAUAGUCCUGCUUCCUUAUUUUAUACAUGUACAGACAUGCAUCCAUAUGAUGAUUCAAUUAAAUUAGCAUUUUUUUUUUGCCUUGGCAGAAGGUAGAUAAGUGAUAGG